UAGCAAACAGUGUAAACGUCAAUUUUUUGUUGAUUGGAGAUUUUGCCGAGAGGAUUUUGCGAUUAAAAUAUUUUUUUUUGGGAAAAUUCAGGAAAAUCAUUGAAAAUUAGAAAUCUGCAAAAUGUCUCAAAUGGAACAAUCGGCCUGCGAAGAUCUGAAAGCCUUCGAAAGGAGAUUAACGGAAGUCAUUGCUGCUCUCCAUCCACCCACUCUGCGCUGGCGGUGUAUGCAAUUUUCUGGGCAAAAACUGAUUGAUUUUCUAAUAAUUUUCCACCAUUUUCCAGUAAUUCUCUUCGUGCUAUCAACGGUUACAGCACUGGGAGCUUGGUACUGGUUAACGGAUCCAAGGACUUCUGUUGUUCCCUUCACCGAAUCACUCCUCAAUCAUCCAAUCUUCACAGUUGGCACCCUAAUUCUCAUAAUGCUAUUUGCCUGUGGAAUCCAUCGGCUAGUCAUAGCGCCCCAAAUUAUUACAUCACGAACGCGGGCAGUGCUCAAUGAUUUCAACAUGUCCUGCGAUGAUACGGGGAAGCUUAUCUUACGACCUAGGCCCACAAAUUAGACGAAUUUUAAAUUAAAAAUAAGAGAAAAUGUACAAAA